CAAACAAAGGAUCUUUCAUUUUCAAACAGUAAAGUCUCAGCAGAUAGUAAUUUUGGCAUUUUUGAUCUGGCUAAAUUUUCUAAGAAAAAUGAUCUUCCAUGUGAUGUGUGCAUGCGGCGUGAAACUGUAUUGAACCGAAUAUUUCUCUGCUCAAGCUGCAAGCAGGCUGCUGUCCACUUGGAUUGCUACCAGAGUCGGAUGAAUCCCACAGGUCCUUGGAAGUGUGAACGUUGUCAAGAGAUGUUAUCAGAUACUGUCAUCUCUGCCAAUGCAUCUGAUUGCAGUGGUGCGAUAUCAUGGUUGGUGCAUUGUGGUUUCUGCCAUGGUACAUUAGGAGCUUUUCGCAAGACUACAAAGGGCCAAUGGGUUCAUGCUUUUUGUGCUGAGUGGCUCUUGGAGAACACAUUCAGAAGGGGACAACAUAAUGCCGUUGAUGUAAUGGAGGAGAACCUUCUGAAGGGAGACACAUGCUCGAUCUGCCACCACAAUGUUGGCACAUGCUUGAAGUGCUGUACUAUAGGUUGUCAAGUCACUUUCCAUCCUGCAUGUGCUAGGGAUGCUGGUCUUUACAUGAAUACGAAAAAGAUCGGUAACUUAUGGCGGCACAAAGCAUAUUGUGGCAAUCACAGUACUGAGCAAAGAAAGGUUGACUCUCAGCAGUAUGGACCUGAGGAAGUCAAGAUCAUGAAACAAAUGAGGGUUGAAUUGGAAAGAUUGCGCCUUCUUUGCGAGAGGAUUGUUAAAAGAGAGAAGGAGAAGAAAGAGUUGGUUGUAUGUGAACAUGAUAUACUUGCUGUAAGAAGGGACUAUGUUGCCUCCUCGAUCCAGACUCCAUUUUAUAUGUCGGGAACUGGAGCAAGUUCAGAAUCUGCCACUACUUCUGUUAACAACAAUUCAUAUAGUGGAAAAAGGCAAAGAUCGGAUGAGGUCACAGUGAGAUCCGAUGAUGUCACGGUGGAUAGUACUAUUUCCAGGAAAAACACCGUCAGAUUUCCCAUUCAUAGCAAGGACACCGAUAGGAAUACAGCUGACAGUUCGACAUCAACAAUAUCGUACAAGCAGAAGUUGGAUGAUGGGGAAUUACUUGCUGAUAAGAAUCUUCAAGAAAGAGCAGUUGUUGCCUCACAAAAAUCAGGAGACGAAGAAACAAAGAACAGUUCGACAUCAACAAUAUCGUACAAGCGGAAGUUGGAUGAUGGGGAAAUAAUUGCUGAUAAGAAUCUUCAAGAAAGAGCAGUUAUUGCGUCACAAAAAUCAGUAGACGGGGAAACAAAGAACAGUUCGACAUCAACAAUAUCGUACAAGCUGAAGUUGGAUGAUGGGGAGUUACUUGCUGAUAAGAAUCUUCAAGAGGGAGAAGUUACUCCGUCACAAAAAUCAGUAGACGGGGAAACAAAGAACAGUUUGACAUCAACAAUAUCGUACAAGCGGAAGUUGGAUGAUGGGGAGUUACUUGCUGAUAAGAAUCUUCAAGGGGGAGAAGUUAUUGCCUCACAAAAAUCAGGAGACGGAGAAACAAAGUCAAUAGAUAAAAAGUAUGGAGAAACAGUUCAAAACGAACUUGUUGCAACAUGUGACCAAGCUAGGUCACUGAAACCAUGUGAUCAAGCUAUGCCACUGAAACCAUGUGACCAAGCUAUGCCACAGAAACAAGUCCCUCCAAAGAGAUAUGUUUAUACUCGCAAAAAGAAGCAACGGAUUCAGGAUGUGGUGCAGGUGCCUGGGAAUGCAUAGCAGCAGCAGAUCAGAGUGGCUCCGUCCUUGAUCGACAGGGAUAUGGGGGACAUGGUUCGGUGCCUGAAAAGCAGAUGGCAGCCAGCGGGGCUGGCGAGUGUUAUUAUCACACAGCCACAGGGGCACGGACAGGCGGAGGUUAUAAAAUGGUGCUAACCGAGUCAUUAUAAAAUGGUGCAAACCGAGUCCUUCAGUGUGUAUUGAGCUUAUAUCCAGGUUUGAUCCGCUAAGCUGAUGCCACCCAGAUGACGUGGCAAUAUGGGUGAAUUCAUCCACUAAUUUAGUUAUUCAAGGGCAGGUUUUGUGAAAUAUGCUCUGUACAUUGUCAUCUUUGGAGUUAUUAGAUUAGUUCUGUAACAGAGAACAAUUAACUAGCAUUAGCGGGCGAUGAUAGAAGAGGCCAGAGUUGUCACUGACUUGACAUCUGUAGUUGACAAUUGACAUCUGUAGCUAACAACCGGUAGGCCAUGUGCAAAUGAAUUAUCUCUGUACAACAGCAGCUGCAUAUUAAGGUCGAGAUGUACCCAUAAGUUUGGACUGUUUGGUUGAUGCGUGCGUGUGUAUGUGUGGCUUACAUUAGCUUGUAACAUGUUAGAUGAAACAUUGGCAACUUCUUGAUAGAGUAACUUGAUAUUUAUACAGGUUCAGUUUCCUUCCA